AUGGGGACUCAGCGGAGAAUGGGCUCACCCCAACUACCGGUCUCUACUCUCUCCUGCCCCCUGUACCAGCGCAUGCUCCAGCUGGAGACCCUGAGCUCCCUCCGGCAACGAGGGACCGAGCUGAGGGAGUUUGCCGUGGAGUUUAAGAAGGCUGCAGAGGGGCUGGGCUACAAUGACUCUCUAAGGGGCUGGAGGAGGAGGAGGAGGAAGAAGGCUUCUUCCGUCCUUCAAGGCCGGGAGGCCUUCAUAGAGCCUGGUGCCCUGCCGGUGCCACCCAAGCUCCUUGCCCUGCCAGCACCUCCCAAGUUCCUCGCCCUGCCCAAGCUCAAGCUUCAUGCCCUGCCGGCUCCACCCAAGCUCAAGCUUCAUGCCCUGUCGGCUCCACUUAAGUUCCGCUCUCUGUCAGCUUGGCGCCCUUUCCUGCCAGGACUCAAGUAUGAGGUCAUCGAUUCCGCCUACAUCUCCUUGUACACAGAUGAGAGCAGUUUGAAGAUGAACCAUGUGGAUCACAUUCCUCAGACACUGGCCAGCCAUGGCCCCGUCCCAGCAGAGACCCACACCCGCAGCCAACACGGCGCUGAUAUGCUGCAACCAGACCCCCGUGACACCUUCUUCAACAUUCCCAUGAUUGACCCCACUCAUCUUGAAAAUGUGUUGCCCGCCUGUCUCUACUCGCCAACAUAUGUGGUCAAAGACUUCCCUAUCGCUCGCUAUCAAGGCCUACAGUUUGUCUAUCUUUCUUUUGUAUAUCCCAAUGACUUCACCCGCCUCACCCACAUGGAAAGAGAAAACAAGUGUUUCUAUAGAGAGUCACCCAUCUAUUUGGAGAAGUUUGGCUUCUAUAAAUACAUGAAGAUGGAUGAGGAGGAAGAUGACAGGCCAUUUUUCUUCCCUAAUCCUGAUGAUUUUCUUGAAGAAGAAGAGGGGGUGGAUCCAAAGGAUGAAGCACAAGUUGUUGGCACCCAGUCAGCAAAGAAAACUGCCCAACCUAGCCAAUCAAAUCAUACAUCAAGCCCCUCUGAAAAAUCUGAUCCCACAAUGCUGGAGAUAAAAGAGGUAGAACCGGACAACCCAACUUCUAGGAGAGAGCAAAGGCGCUUUUUCACAAGAGCAAGGCAGGUGGUUGGGUCUCAACCUCAAGAGAUGGACCAAGACACUCUGGACCAUCAGGCUAAGGUAGGGUUACCAAAAAGUGAGAGUGUGGUGCGAGGUCGUUCUCUCACUUGGGUUCAAAGAGACCGCCGGGACUUCAGAAACGGUUGGUCAGAAGAUCGUGCACCUAAAAUAAGCAGAUCAACUUUGCUAUUCCCACCAAAAUCCUCAUUGGUGGCCCUUAACAGUCAAGCCAAGCAAACCCUCAGCAGUCCUGCCCACACCGUUCCUUCCCCAGGUAACAAACAUGCUCAUGACAACAGCCACAAUCCUGGAAACAGCCACACCAACAAGGAACGCAAGAAGGAGAACAACAAAAUCUACGUCACAAGACCUCGCCCUGCUAAGGAAAAGCAAAGUCCCGUUUCACGCCAACACAGAGAGGUCUUUCCUGGUGUUUUCCUGUACCAGAACAGCAAAACCACAAAGCUGGUAAACCUCAGUGCCAAACCAAAGCUCAGUAAAGGAGCUCUGCGUGCAUCCCAGUUAAUUGUGCGGUCUCCUCUGCAAGAGAACAAGGUCUUUCCAGCGAGCCCAAACUUCAGCAAGCCAGCUGAAAAUCCCAUGCCCCCAAACAGAGCAAUCCCAAGCCGCUUUGAGAGGAGGAUACGAGGGGUCUGGGAAAAACACCAGCAUCCCUUGAGGCCCAUCACAACCGCUCGACCACCUCCUGCUCCCACCCCUCCAUCCACUAACUCCUCUGAGAACGUGCUUCCGACCGAGCCUCUCCGUGUCACUUCCUACUUGCACACCUCUAAGAUAACCGAGUCCCAACAGCAGCAGCCGGACACUGACCCAGAACCAGAGGAGAAUGGAGGCCUAUCAGAGUAUAGCUAUGAGGAUGUGGAGCCUCGCCCCGGGUGGGCAGAGGAGGCCAUUAAUUGGCAGAGGACGUUUUCCGUCAAUAGCAUGGACUUUGAGACAUUGCGCUCUGACUGGAAUGAUCUUCGGUGCAACGUGUCUGGAAACCUGCAGCUAUCUGAGAGCGAAGUGGUGGACGUACUUGCGCAGUACAUGGAGAAACUCAAUGAACGCAAUGGAGGGAUUUACACUCUCCUCCGCAUCAUAAACGUAGAAAAGCGGCGUGACUCUGCACGCGGUAACCGCUACCUAAUAGAGCUGGAGCUAAUGGAGAGAGGCCGUAAAGUGGUCCGUCUAUCUGAGUACAUCUACUUGCUGUUGCACCGUGGCCGAGUGGAAGACAGUCUGGAGAAUAUGGAAGGGGUCACAGCAUCAUCCCACUCUUCCCCUUUCGCCAGCCCACCUGCUACACCCUCCCGCACACCUACCCAUGGGGCCCACGGCACCCCACAGUGGAGCACAGUGUAUGCCAAACCCCUGCUGUGCCAUCCAGUUAUGCUGCAGUGGAAAAAGGACGUCAUGGUGCAUUUUGUGGUACCAGUUAAGAAUCAGGCUCGUUGGGUUCAGCAGUUCAUUUCAGACAUGGAGUUCCUGCACCGUGAGACCAAGGACAACAACUUCAACAUCAUCAUCGUGGACUUCCAGAGUGAAGACAUGGACGUGGAACAGGCUCUCAGAGAAAGCUCCGUUCCACGAUAUGAGUAUCUGAGGAGGGAAGGAAACUUUGAGCGGUCUGCCGGGUUACAGAUCGGUGUGGACACCAUAGAGGAAAGUCACAGUAUCGUGUUUCUGUGUGACCUGCACAUUAAUUUCCCUCUGAACAUCCUGGAGAACAUCAGGAAGCACUGUGUGGAGGGUAAACUGGCCUUCGCUCCGAUAGUCAUGAGACUGGGCUGCGGCAGCUCACCGCAGGAGCCUGAUGGUUACUGGGAGGUGAACGGCUUCGGCCUGUUUGGGAUCUACAAAUCAGAUUUUGACAAGAUUGGUGGGAUGAACACAGAGGAGUUUAAGGAACGAUGGGGAGGAGAAGACUGGGAACUACUAGACAGAGUUCUACAAAACGGUCUGGAGGUUGAGCGUUUAAGACUGAGGAACUUCUUUCACUACUAUCACUCUAAAAGAGGCAUGUGGAACUCACAGUCCAGUAAAGCUCCUAAAGGAUAAAACUGAACCUCACUGAGAGACUUCAAACUAACUCGGCACAAGAGCGGGACCUUAAAGGACCAAUCGAUUGUGUCUCUGGGACCCUUUCGUGAGGUCCGUCUCAUACAGGAGGACCCGUGACGCUGCCAAGCUGCUGUCCAAACUCAACACUCGAAGGAGACGCAGAGACUCUUAUUCACUGAGCGUGUAUUUGUAUGUAUCUCUCUCUGUUAAGUCAGGAGUUCUUUUGGUAAGCGAAACUUGAGUGAUCAUUGAAGAGUUAAAGGAAAGGGAAAUGGUUUCAAUUUUACUCCAAACUAGCAGCUCAGGCACUUUGGGUCACAUAAAUAUGGUUUGCACUUAAGAUAUUAAUGCUGAAAUGGUUGUCUAAAGGUUUAGAUGUGUGCUGGUACUUAGACGUCUGCUUUUAUAUAGCUGUAAAUGUCACUUCCUGUUCAGAUGUGACGCCUUCUUACACUUGAACUGUAGAAAUGAUCUGAUAUGUGGCGCCUCGUGUGGCUUUUCCUUUCUAAAGUCCUGCUGAACUUCUGGACACGACUGGACCAAGAACAGCCUGCUGAGCUAUGAAAUUAAAAUGAUUUGUCUUUGUAUUUGUCUGUAUGUCUGAGCUGCUUCGUUUCCUUGUUUCCGAUUGAUUUUCGUCUUUAUUGGCUAGUUUCACAGAUGCAAACCUUUCAGACUGCUG